AUGGGAAAACCUGAGCCUGUAGCCUUAAGAGAAUAUGAAAAAUAUAUGUUUUCAACAAGGAACCCAGUUUCAGUGUUCAAAAGUGGUCUUGUUGUCAGUAUGGCCUCUCCCUUUUUAGCAGCAUCACCAGAUGGCAAGGUCAUUGACCGAGGCUGUAGCAAGCCUUUUGGGCUGGUAGAGGUUAAAUGUCCCUACUCUAAAUUUCAUGUGAGUCCUUUAGAAGCAUGUGCCGAUGAAACUUUUUAUGCAGAAAAUGUAAAUGGAAAGCCGAGGCUAAAAAGGGGGCACCAGUACUACUACUACCAGAUACAGGGUCAACUAGGUAUUACAGGAGCAAGUUGGUGUGACUUUGUUAUCUAUACUAACAAAGGCAUGAGUAUAGAGAGGAUCACGUCUGAUCCUCAAUUCUGGGACGUAUUGAAUGAAGGCCUAAAGAAGAGCUAUUUUGAACAUUUCAUAGCACCAGCUUCUGUGGAGUUCAGUAACCAUUAG